AUGUCAAUGGUGGAAAAAGAUAUUAUUGAAAUCAAGCAAAUUAAAAAGUCUUAUGGAAAUAAGAUAGUUUUAAAAAAUAUUAGUUUUUCAGUUCAAAAGGGUAGUAUUCAUGGUUUCAUCGGUCCUAAUGGAGCUGGCAAGACCACCACUUUGAAUUGCUUGAUGGGUGGAGUAAAGCCAAAUAGUGGCGGAAUUUACCUAGCAGGACAAAAAAUUGGAGAGAAUGAAUUAGUUAACCAAAAAAUUGGUUUCAUGACUGAGCAGGCCAAAUUUACCGAGGAUCUAAAAGUAGAAGAUUUUAUUUAUUUGACAGGAAAUUUGCGGAACCUUCCCGCUCAAAAAGUAGAAGCCCGCUUGCGACAAUCGGACUUAAACAACCACCGUUUUAAAAAAUGUGGAGAAUUAUCGACUGGCUGGAAAAAAAUUUUACUUUAUUUUGUUUCGGUAAUGCAUGACCCUGAUAUUUUGGUGUUGGAUGAACCUACUUCCGGUUUAGACCCUUCUUACCGCGGAAUUUUAUUAAGUCAAUUAGAGCAAGUGCGAGAACGAGGCGGAACAGUUUUAAUUUCCAGUCACAUUUUAUCCGAUUUACAAAAAUUAGUGGACUCCGCCACUUUAAUUGAUAAAGGCAAAAUAGUUUAUACUGGAAAAAAACCUACUGAUAUUGAAGAAAUGUAUAAUAAAUUAGUUCUCAAAGAUAAAAUUAAAGCCAAAAGUGGACAAACUUGA